AUGGUGAAAUUUCUUGCUCUGAUCAUCCUCCUACAGUUACGCAUGUUCUCUGUUUCUUAUGCAGGUUCAAUCUCUAUGACUAUGAUUUUGAUCGGGCCCAAUUUCACUCGCUCUUUUCACCUCGUCCAAGCUGAUGAGACUACGGUGGAAAUCGGAGUGUUUCAAGUGGUCGAAACGGGAGUGGUUUACGUGGCUGAGCCUCUCCAAGAUUGCCUAAAUCUGAUCAUACCAAUUAAUAAAGAUUGGUUUGGUCUUUGUGAAAAGAUUCAAACCGGAGCUAACUCUCGCCGUGUAAAGAUAGGUAAUUCUGUCUUUGUGACGAAAGCAACUGCAGAGACACUCAAGCAGUACACUUGCAUGGCCGGUGUGAAAGUCUUGUUUGUCGAUAGAUACGAAGAGUCUGAGUGGUGGAACUGGAACACCAUGGCGAAGGGUUUUACCUUUUUUACUAUAUUGUACCUCUUAAAAUAUUAG